UUUUUUUUUAAUAUCUCAACUUUUAUACGUGUGUAUGACGUAAUAAAUAUUUUCACAUAACUUUGUUUUUUUUCUUUCUGAACUUAAAAUAAACCCUAUUCCUGUAUUAUUCAUGUCCUUUGUUUUAUACAAAUGUUUUUUUUUAAUCUUGUGCGAUUCUUCCGAUAUUUUUAUGGUGUUCGUAUUUGAAAAUGAAUACUUUUAGAUCUUAUCUUCAAACUAAACGGUAAAAAUUUUGAAAAAAAUUCAUAAAAAUUAACCACUUUAUAGUACGCACUUGAUGCUGUAGUGUGUUAAAAAAAACCGUCAACUGAAACUUUGAAUUUCGAAAAUCACCGCCCGGAGCAAAUACGUUCUAUAUAAAAACCAAUUAACGGUUUAUUGCUUGAAUCGUUUACAUAGCUUUAAGAGCCAUCAGAUUCAAAGAUGUUAAGGUUCAUGACAAUCCGUAUAGCGCGAAAUAUCAAGGGAGGGAGAAACAGCUCGCUAUUUUCCUACUAUACCAAGUUAAGCUACAUCGUCAGUGACUUUAGUCUCUAAGUUAACACGUCGUCAGCAGCACAGACGAUUCGUAUACCUUAGUAACCCGGUCGAUUUUUCUUCCACCGCAGUACGACUAUUAAUUAUCGCUGUGUUUAUCAAUUGAAUGAAGUGCAAAAAGCACUGAUCGCAACUUUGUGUGCGCGAACAUCGAGAAACUAUUCUCGCUUUUGUGCGCUUUGUACGUCCAGCACAACAGAAGCCUGCUAAAAAUAUGUCAAAAACUGAUUCUGAAGAAGAAGCAUUUUACGGGAGCGUUGCCUCCAGUGAAGAGGAAAGUGACCAACUCAGAGCUGAUGAGUAUCCGUACGAAGUUGUUUCAACUGAGGAAAUUGUUCAAUACAUGGAAAAUGAAAUACGCGAAGUGAACUCGGUACUGGAAUUUACAGACACGACAGCUCGGAUUUUGCUGAGUUACCUCAAGUGGGACAGAGACACUUUAUUGAUAAGAUUUUACGAUGAAGAUCGGGAAAAAUUGUUUGCAGAGGCUCGUGUUGUAAAUCCAUAUAGAAAAAAGACCGAGGAGAGUAAUUCUUCCUCACAUUCGAAAAACGAAACAGAAGAAUGCGGAGUUUGUUUCAUGACUGUACCGACAGACGCGAUGAGCGGAUUAGAAUGUGGUCACAGAUUUUGUACAGCCUGUUGGCGUGCAUAUUUUGAAACUAAAAUCCAAAACGAGGGAGAGAGUGGAAAUAUAGCUUGUGCUGCUUAUGAUUGUGACAUUCUGGUAGAAGAUGCCACUGUCAUGCGUCUAGUGGAAGAUCCCAAAGUUAAAUUAAAGUAUCAGCAUCUCAUCACCAACAGUUUCGUUGAAUGUAACCGGCUACUCAAAUGGUGUCGAACUGCGGACUGCAACCACGCUAUCAAAGUUCAGUACGUGGAGUCCAAGCCGGUCACCUGCAAGUGCAAUAAUACCUUCUGCUUUUUUUGCGGUGAAGAUUGGCAUGGCCCGGUAACGUGCGAUCUAUUACGCAGGUGGAAAAAAAAGUGCAGCAAGGACGUGAUCUCGUUAAAGUGGAUGAUGGCUAACACAAAAGAUUGUCCAAAAUGUUAUAUACCAAUCGAGAAAAAUGGUGGAUGUAAUUUAAUGACUUGCCGAAACUGCAAAAGUAGUUUCUGUUGGAUCUGCCUUCAACUUAUAGAUGAACAUGACCCUUGCAACUCACAUUCAGAAUUGACAACGCCUAUAAACUUAAAGACAAAUCAGGAAAGAUAUGAGUUCUAUAUUAACAGAUAUGCGAAUCAAAUACAUUUGCUCGAUUUUGAAAAGAAACUGUACAGAAGCAUAGAAAUAAAGAUGGAUCAGAUGCAAAAACACAAUAAGUCUUGGAUGGAGGUUCAGGUUUUGAAGAAGGCUGUAGAUGUUUUAUGCUCGUGCAGACGAACACUGAUGUACACCUAUAUCUUUGCUUUUUUUCUGAAGAAAAAUAAUCAGUCGGCGAUUUUUAACGAUAAUCAGAAGGAUUUGGAGAAAGCAACAGAAGCUCUUUCGGAGUAUAUUGAAAGAGAUAUUACCGACAAACAUGUGAAUGAUGUUGAAACAAAGCUUCAAGACAAAUACAAAUACUGCGAAACUCGAAAAAAAGUGCUUUUUGAACACGUGCAAGAGGGUUAUCUCAAUAACUGGUGGACUUUUAUAUAGACUACAAAUUGAUGAAUAAUUUAUAGGUUUAAAACAUUUUACGUGUGAGCAAAUUUAGAGUACCAAAGUAUUCAAAAGUUUUUAAUAAUCUUGUUAUGUGCAAGUUUUUCCGCCAAUUUUGAUGCACAUUUUAAAAUAAAAUUAUUUUUCCAGAUACGUGCACGAAAAAGGCCACUUUCCAUACAUGUAAAAUGAAUGGAAAAUCGAGUUUUUCUUAGCAGCGCGAAAAAAACUAGCAACGGGAAAAAACUUUUCCCCCCAAGGGAGUAGUUUUUUCCUCACUCUGCAGCCUAUAUUCGAUGGAU